AUGGACGGCAGGUCCUCCCUCCCCUCCUCCUCCUCCUCUGCCCAGCCCGGCGGUGUGCCUCCCUGCCCUCCCUGCCCCUCGGCCGUGCCCGUGCCGGGCUCCCUGCUCCGGCCCCCGGCGCUGCUGCUCCGCGCGGCCGCCGCCGCCGCCGCGGCCGCCGCCGCCGCCGCCUCCGAGCGUUAUCCGCGGACCCCCAAGUGCGCGCGUUGCCGGAACCACGGCGUGGUGUCGGCGCUCAAGGGCCACAAGCGCUUCUGCCGCUGGAGGGACUGCCUGUGCGCCAAGUGCAUGCUGAUCGCCGAGAGGCAGCGGGUCAUGGCCGCCCAGGUGGCCCUGCGCCGGCAACAAGCCCAGGAGGAGAGCGAGGUCCGGGAGCUGCAGCUCAUGUACGCGGGAGCCGGUGCCGGCGCGGCUGCAGAAGCCGGACUGGCCAUGGCCGCCGGCAUCGCCGCCACCGGCAUCGCCACUCGGGGAGCCCCGCACUAUGAGGCGUACGGAGCAGCGCGGGAUGAGCAGGACCGGAAAACAGAACAAAAGAAUCAGAAAUACCAACUCUUCUAUAAUGGGUUGGUGAGUCGAUCUAUCCUCCAGUCUUCACAUCCUCUCAUGUCCCCAACUCUGGUGCCUGUUAUUCCGGACACAAAUCUCCAGAACAAUACAAGCAAUUCCGAUAUUGUGGAAAAGGAAUCUCCUUCCUCGGAACCUCCGUCAGAAAGUGCUGAUAGCCCCCGGUCACUCACUCCUUCUGACAUUGAAUCAGGAAGUGAAUGUGACAAACCUAAGGACUUGGCACAAGUCAUGGCCAAUCUCCCCAGCUCUUCCUCGAAGCACAGAGCACCCAUUGACAUCCUGACCCAAGUCUUCCCACGUCACAAACGUAACAAGUUGGAUCACAUUCUAGGGAACUGCAAGGGAGAUGUGGUGCAAGCCAUAGAGCAAGUCUUGAAUGGAAAGGAACUCAAGGGGGAUCCCAAACAAGCUGGGUGUACAGUGUCUGAUUCUGGUGAUCUUCAGCGACCUUCACACUUUACACUGCCUGGCCUUUCUGGUGGCUCUCUUGGGAUGAAGUCAGCCUUCUCUCCUCUGCAAUCCAACUCCUCCUUCGGUGCAUCUACCAGCUUGUAUGGGUUGAACCCCAGACUGGGCAUCAAUCCUCUUCGGCUGGCAUACUCUGCCCCUGGCAGAGGACUCCCCACUUUCAUGUCGCCUUAUGUAACUUCAGGUUUGAUGCCAGCGUUACCAUUUCGCCCUCAGAUUGACUAUUCCUUUCCAGGUAUCAUGAGAGAGAUUCCGUACUUUCAGAACAAGGAGGCACUCUGCUCCAAUGGAUUGUACUCGAGAGUUAAUCAGGAAAAUCAGUAACGGGUACCUAUGAGUUAAAAUUAUUUGAAACAACGGACAUAAAUGGCACAGAUUCUGAACACAAAUAAAUCUAUGGAUGCACAGAAGUUAUAAAAUCAAAAAGGUAGUUACACAACAUCCAUGAACCAAUUCAUCUCUUUGACACCAGACUGUUCAUUUGAUGUACUGUACAUUGAUGUUUUUUUCUAUUGGGGCUAAAACAUUAUACUGAUGUAACGGCAGAGAAACUGCAUUGCUCAAUUAUAGGUACACCACUAUAAGGAUAAGCAUAGACAAUCUGCAUUAAUUUCCCAGGAUAUCAACUUAAUAUGAGAAGUUGCAAAGGACUUUAGUCGUUUAAAAUGAUCUCUCAUCAGAAGAUAUUUUUGAAUAUUGCCACGAUGAGCAAUCUGUUACAUUGGUGUGUCCAUUAUAUAUUUUUUUCUGCAGUGAAAAUUUUCACUUGUUCUCAUCACUGACUUCCAGACUAAAACAUUGUAUUCCUUUUUGCAAAAAGCAUCAACUGAAUGGAUGAAUAUGUCCUAACCGAGGAACUAAGAACAAUCCAAGAAACAGAGCGUGAAGUUCCUUGGGUGUACAGUAUAUUGACCCCACAUUACCUUCGGUCAAACCUGAACCCAAAACACAUAGUGUUGGAUAAGUAGGAAAAUCUCCAGAUCCUUUCUGGACAAAGUGAAUACAUUUAUGGUGCUAUUCAGUCCAUUAGAAUCAAUCUACAUCUUUCAUCUGAUACUUUACCACAAAUUGGCAGUGCAUCAACUCCACACAAGACUUUACCUCAGUCCUUACUCUCUCUCUCCCCCUGCUCAAUUGCUCAGUUCUAUUGCAUUGCUUUAUGUGUUACCAGACUGCAUCUUAAAAUGUUUUGAUUUGUUCAUCCCAGGAUAUGGUAUGGCAUGGGGGAGAAAUUAACUCAGGCAAAUGAGUUAUUAUUCCCAGGGGUACAUUAACAUACCUCAUUUCAAGGUAUAGAAGUUGGGAAAGUAGGUGUUUAGUUGAGUUUAAAACCCUUUCAGGUGUCCAAACAAUUUGAGGUUAGAACGAAUCUGCAAAUUGACAAAAGCUUUCCCCACACCAUUACCUGCUGAAUGUACUGAAUAAAAUGGAAGCUUUUAGAAGGGAUUUCAAGUGGGCGUUUCAGUAUGAUUUACAUGAUCACAUUGGGUGUUAGUGAACAAAGAAACAAAUUCCACAUUUUUUUUCAGGAAGACGGUGUUUCUUUAUAACAGUUAACAGUUCUUUGAACUGUGUCCAGGUUCAACAAAUGGACUGGUUAGCAAUUAACAAUUUUAGCAGUAAUACAAUACAGCACAAAUUUACAUUUACAACAAUAACAAAAUUACAUUUGUAUUGCGCCUUU